AUGCCAACCAAUUGGACACUCAAUAAGCUGCCAGCUGGAUGGACCCAGUGGCACAUGGGGCGCGCUGGCCGACAAACGGUGGCGGCAGGGCAAAACGACGUGAUGAGGGAUGGCAGGCACACGGCCGAAUCGCCGAUUGAGACGGAGGUCGAAGUUGCUGGGGGGCUUUCUGGAGAAUGGGCAGACCUUCAACCUGCGUGGUUGGCUGUGUGGUGGAGCACCAUGAGUUUGAGCGAGCACGAGCACUGUGGAUGUGCAGAAAAGGAGGUUGCAGGGCUGAUGCGAAAGGCAUUGUUGAAAGGCGUUCAUGGUGAUUGCCAUAUUGAACUUUAA